AUGCAAACACGGGCGGAAGUCCUAAUUAUCCGUAACUCACCCUUGGAAGGGGACGAUCGAAAGCAGCCUCGAGCACAGCAGCACGAGGUAGCACUUGAUGGUCUCCAGAGAAAUGCCUUUGCACGACUUCGCCGAAGUGAUGCAGUACGUCACCACGAUGAAGCUGAGGCAGCUGAUCAUGGACGACAGCGUCAGCAAAAACGAGAAGUCGCCAUCGGAGAAGAGCUUGUACAAAAUAAUGAGCGCCACGAAGAAUCCACAGUAGAUCCAAUUCUCCCCCCUGUCGAGCCGCAGCAGUUGAGAUAUCUUGGCGCCAAUGGCGGACGCAGUGGUCUGCUUUUUAUACGCCAUCGCUCCGUCACGGUGGAACAGCUACACUGCACAGUAGGCCCUUCAAUUUAG